AUGGCUGUCAGCCAAUUCUAUGUUCUUCUCUUGUCCAUGAUACUCGUGGGGGCCUCCGCCGCUGGUGACUACUCCCCGAGCUCCAAUGCCGCCGGAGAAGUUCCGAAACCGCAAUCCAAAGCUCCGUCGUCUGCAUCUUACGACAAGCCAGAGCCAGUUGCUCAAAAGAUGCCUAAAGCAGAGGAAUCGGGAAAGCCAGCGUUGGAAAGCGAUCCAAAACCAGAGUCCUACGAUGAGCAUGAGUACUUUCAACACAGUGGAGAUGUCGAGAAGCCGGAUUUCCACUUCCCCGACAUGUCCCAUCCGGAACUCCACUCCGAGUCUUACGAGAAGCAUGUUGUUCCGUCGGUGCCCAAACCGGAAGAACUGGGGAUGCCAACAUUGGAGAAAGAUCCAAAGUCGUCAGAGUCCUACGACGAGCCCGAAUUUGAACAUAAAGAGACUAUCGAAAAGCCAGAUUUCCAUUUCCCCGACUUGUCUCGUCACGAAACUCAUUCCGAAUCCGACGAUAAAUCGGUUUCUCAAUGGGUGCCCAAACCAGAAGAAUCAGGAAUGCCUGCAUUGGAAAAAGACCCAAAGUCGUCAGAGUCCUACGAUGAGUCCAAAUUUCAACACAAUGAGCCCAUCGAAAAGCCGGAUUUCCAUUUCACCGACAUGCCUCAUCCCGAACUCCACACUGAAUCUUACAAGAAGCCAAUUGCUCAAUGGUUGCCCAAACCAGAAGAAUCGGAGAUGCCCGCAAUGGAAAAGGAUCCAAAAUCAGAGUCCUACGACUCGAAGCCAGUUAGUGACCACGACUCGAAGCCCAAAUACAAGGUAGACCCACACUAUGAGAAGCCCAAACUAAACAUUCCAAAACCCGAAGAAGCUUUUCCUGCCGCAGUUGAAGGGACUGUAAUCUGCAAAUCACCCUCUGGAUAUGUCCCUAUUGAAGGAGCCGUGGUGAGGAUUACGUGUUUGCAAGAGGACGACCAAGGAUACGAAACGACUCCAGUGUCAUGCCAGACCGGUCCAACCGAUGCCAAGGGCUAUUUCUUCAAGACUCUACCUUCUAGCAACAAGGCCAAAAAUUUGUGGGAAAAUUGCAAGGCUUUCCUCGAGCAAUCUCCAUUGGAGGAAUGUGGAGUACCAAGCAAUGUGAACAGAGGAAUCGAUGGUUACAAGCUAUCUUCUAACCACAUCCUUCAAGAGAAGCAUCUCAAGUUGUACUCGGUUGGGCCUUUCUUCUACACCGCGGAGCCUAAACCAGCCGUGAAGAAAGCACCCGCCGCCGGUGGUGGCUACUAA